ACAUACUAUCAUCUUUAGAAAAAAUAUAUAACAAUAGCCUCAUAUUCUCGAGACAUUUACAAUAUCAAUAUUUUUGAUUGUCUUAAUAAAUAUUUCAAAUGUUUUUUCUUUCUUCAAAAAGCCAUAAUACUCUUUGAUGUUGUUUCAGAUAGUUGUUGUGUUGUAUCAAGUUGAGCCGACAAGUAAGAAAAUCAAUUUUCAGGUUAAAUAAUUAAUAACAAAAACCAUUUGUAUACAAACAGUCGCCUAUACGUUUAAAAACCGGUGGAACUUUUCAGUUGGCAAAAUGGAGAAAAUAAAAUUUCUAAUUUUCAUCACAAUGAUAUUGUGUUUAGCUAAAUGGACUUUAGGUGAACAAUGUGAUGCCCUAUCAACGAUAUCAACACAGUAUCUGGGCAUGCGCAUGAGGACGGAGCACACCGUGUUGUCGAUGAACACACCAGCAAGCUCGGAAUGCGCCCGACAAUGUAAAUUGUUCGGUUUCUGUCGCUCCUUUAAUUACGGCGAGUCUGGGGAACAGUGUGAGCUGAAUGAGGAGGACAGCUUGGAGAGUCCGGGAGACAUUGAGGAGAAUGCUGAUUUCGAUUACUUUGACAUUGACGAAUGGCCGGAGGAAAUUGCAGAGGGAUGUGCAGGGCAUUCUUGUCUGACAGAUGAAUUGUGUGUACCUGGACCUAACCAAACAGCGGUCUGUGUGAAGGCAAACGACUUCAUCGACCAAAAGAAAAACGAAUGUGACCCCAACCCGUGCCAGAAUGGUGGCGUUUGUGAAGACCGUGUGAAUCAAUACACGUGCAACUGUGCCUCUGGCUGGCGUGGCAAGAACUGCGAAAGAGACGUGAAUGAGUGCAGAAGCAACCCAUGUCAGAAUGGUAGCACGUGUAUCAACGAACAGAACGACUUCUCGUGCGACUGUCCUGAUGGCUGGUCAGGGAAACAGUGUGAUGUACAUGCCUAAGACACUGAUAAAAUGGAUAACCCUGCUGCAGUGACAGAUUUAUUUCACUUUUUUUUCAAUUUAUUAUUGACAUACUACUCUGAAAUAUAUCUUGUAAUUUCACAGUGAAAAAUAUUACAUGGUAGAAUUGUUGUUUUAUUUUUCAAACAUAUUUUCCACUAACAAGAAACUUUAAAAAUGAUUGAAUAAACCAUCGAAAAGACAUGAAAUGAAAAGAAAAUGUGUGUUGUAUUACCAGUAGAAUAAAAUUAUUUUUUACUGGUUGUUAUAUCUUGCAGUAGCAGUUGCAUCUGACGUUGAUACGGUGAAAUUGUUUCGGUCUUGCACUGAAAAAAUUUAUCAGUCUAAAACGUAUAACAAAUCAGUAUCAAAGAUCAUAUUUGUCUAAGAAGUAAAAACGAAGAAGCAAAGGAACGUAAUGUCUGUUUCGUUUAAUGUCUAAACACGUUAGUCAUUUACACCAAACGACAAAAGAAAUACUUCAAAUUGUUCUAUUGUGAUGCAUUUAUAUUUGCUUUGAUACAUUUUUCGAACCUCUGUAGAAAUGAAAUAAUUCGGUCGUCAAAAUACUAAUUUCUGAUCUGUAAAGGUGAUAUCACUCAGUCCCAAAACUUACAAAUCACUAACUAAUUACUGGCAUUUGAAGACGUUCUUGUAUUUCGCUGAUAAGAAGCAUGUCAUUCAAAAAUAUGUUAACGGCCUGUUAGGAAAAUAUAAUUAUAGAAUCCCCAAUUUUUAUUUUGUUUUAAUAACCUAUAUGCAGUAUCCCACGACUUACGGCAAGUGUUCAU